UAUUCUAUGUUUCUUGAUUAUUAUUGUACAGAUCGAAGUUUUAAUUUUAACCGAGCAAAGUCUGAAACCUAAGGGAAAAACCCGUCUAAGAAAAAUGCACCUUUUCUCUUCAGUUCGACAAGCUCGCCUUUUCUCUUCUUCACCUUUGCUUCAACGCUUUACCAGCUUCAGAUGGGUCUCUCAAUCUUCCUCCGACCGCUCUAGUUUUCUUGGUUGUUUAAAGAGUUACAGUGCUGGUGCACAAUUUCCUGGGAAUGAUGGAAAUCCGGAGAAGAGUUUUGGUCAACAAACAGAGAAGGAGAAUAUCUCUGCUACGUAUACUUCGUCUUUCCGGAAUAAUAUUCGUCCUUUAGGUCAGGCAGACUUCAGGUCGGGUGGGAAUCGCAGGUCCAUGGAUUUUGUGAGGGAAGUUAUAGAUGGAGAUACAAGGGCAAACUAUAGGGGCUCACAAUUUUGGUCAGACAAUGUUGUGCAGAACGAACAUUUUGCACACAUAAAGCUGAUGCGCAACAAUACGUUUGUCACUGUGACAGAUUCCAAUGGGAAUAAAAAAUGUGGAGCCUCGGCUGGAGUUCCCGGACUUUUAGGAGCCUCGAAAGUGUCCAAGUAUGCUGCCGAAGCAGUGGCGGAAUAUGCAGGACGGAAGGCGAGGAGAAUGGGGAUUAAGUCGGUUGUGGUAAGAGUGAAAGGCUUUACCCAUUUUAAGAGGAAAAAACAAGCGAUACUUAGUUUUCGUGAGGGCUUUAAGAAUCCUAUUGUCUAUAUCGAGGACGUCACACGUCAUCCACAUAAUGGAUGCCGGCUUCCGAAGAAGAGACGAAUUUAACUUCUUCGCUUUCUUUAUCUUGAAGGCUUGAUAGAGAUUGUGAAAGUAUGUUGGUUGCUGUUUCCAUGGUACUCCUUUAUGUAAAACUCCAACUCUUUCGUGUUUUUCGAUUUUCGUUUCCUUCUUUAGUUCUCCAUAAAUUUUCUGGUGUGUCUGAUAGACUGUUUUAUUUGUUAUCCGAUUCUGAUGUAGAAGCUGUUGAGAUGAUAUGUCUUGCUUUAUAUCAUACCAAAUGGUUAGUUUUUCUUCAUA